AAACGUCAUUUCUGUGUCUAUGUCUGUACGUCACUUUUCUCUUCCAUGAAUAAAUAGAAUUCUGCAAACACUUUGCUUUGUUAUGUGUUUAUUUGUAAUAAUAACACCAAAUUGAUUUUAAUUUAAGUAGUUAGUGAGUAAAGAAAAUGGCAGACUUUGAUGCGAUAUAUCCAGAUGAAACCGAAAGUGAAGAAAAUUUAGAAGAAACACAUGUGACGUUAGUCCCUGAUCCCAUUGUCGUCCGAGGAGCUGGUAACAUGACAGUUUUUGGUUUAAGUAACCGUUUCAACACAGAGUUCCCUUCGGGUUUGCAAUCUCGUGUGGCUCCUGAAGAAUAUCAGGCAACAGUAGCUCGCAUUAAUAGUGUGCUGAAGAAGACACUUCCUGUAAAUGUCAAAUGGCUGUUCUGUGGCUGUGUAUGUUGUUGCUGUACCCUAGGAUGCUCUCUUUGGCCAGUAAUAUGUCUUAGUAAAAGGACACAACACUCACUGAAUAAACUUCUAGAAUGGGAGAACAGUCGACUAUACAAUAAACUUGGUCUCCGUUGGCGCCUCACAAAGCAGCACUGCGACUCUUCUUCUAUGAUGGAAUAUGUACUUCUUAUAGAAUUCAUACCUAAAAUACCAAUAUAUAGGCCAGACUAAACCCGUCGACAUCUGCCGUUACCAUAGGUUUAGUAUUUGUAAAUAUAAAUAUGGAAAUUAAUACUUGAAAAUAUAAAGAUUGCAUCAUUGCAAAUCAAGAUCUUGGUUACGAUGCUACGUACAUACGAAGUGGUAUUAUGUAGGUGCAAUACGCUUCUUGGCACGUUAACUACAUUUUAAAUAUACAAUUUUUUUUUUUAUUAACCUGUUGUAUGACAAAUUAUUGUUAAGAAUAAUUUACAAAUAUGGAUUGUAUAUACAUGUAUAUCAUAUUGUUUUAUAAUGUUGCUGUCAUAUUAAACUCUAACUUCAUAAUGCUAACCUUUUCUUUUAUGUAAUAAAAUACAUUUUUUGCAAUGGAAGUUCUAUUGAGAAAUAUAAAAUGUACAACAUGUAAUGGUUGUACUAACUUAUUUCGAAAUGUAUUCUAAUUUGUAAAUAAAAAUAUAUAUAUAACGAAUGUGUAUUAAAAUGGACAAAUAAGUGGUACGUAUUGUUAUUUGCUUUUUGUGUAUAAGUAGAUGUUAUAUAAAAAAUGAAAGCUUAUCUAUUAAGAAUGAACAUUAUAAGCUUGUGUAAAACAUCUAUUAAAUUUUACAUUCUGAUCUAAGAGAUCUAUAAUCAUUGAAGUUGUAUUUUUAAAUUAAAUCUGUAAUAGGAUUUCAACUAAACGCAUAAAAUAUUUGGUUAAAAAUUAAUUUUGUAAACUGCUAUUUUCUUGUAGCAACCCAAAAUAGUUGUAUUACCAUUUAUAAAAAUUUCGACCUGUCCACAUUACUUCAGAUAUACAUAUAUCUGAUAGUUUAUGUUAACAUGUUAUACUUAAAUAAUCACGGUUCCUAAAAAAAUCUAUUUUUUAAGAUGCAAAAACAUUAAUGGAUUGUAAUGGAAAUCAUAAACGGUUUUUAAACUACUCCUUUGUAAAUAAAAAGAUACAGGUUCAGUCAAAAUUGAGAUAAUCUCUGUUUGGGGAUAUUUUUUUUAUUUGAAGAGCUAUGACGAAAUACUAAGUUAUUUUACGUUUUCCAAUAUCUUUAUGCAUAAAACGGCUUUUAUGUAUCUUUAUUUCGGAAUACAAAUGAUAUUGGGAGUGUUAGAUUUAAUGCCAUUAAUGAUUUUAAUUGCUCCUUGUUCCUUGAAAAUAAAAAUAUAUUUAUUUAUUAUAAAUGACCUAGAUAAUACGUACACAGGGUGGCUGGUAGACAGUUUAGCCAUCUCAUCUAAUUAGUACAUCAAAAUAUUACACUACAAUCAUCCUUAAUCAUUGCUAUCCAACUACUAGUUUAUAUCACAGACUCGUGUCUAUGCUAUUAUUUGGGUUCUGCACGAUAUUUUCAUCUUCCAUAUUGCCCAUGCUACACGUUUUUUUUUUUUACAUUAUUGGUGCCCUAAACAGUAUAUUUUGCAUAUUUAACAUCAUAAUUAUAUUGUCUAACCAGUCGCCCUGUAAGUUGUAGUGAAACUGCUGCAUUUUACAUUGUAUAUAUUUAUCUGAUAUUUUGAGAAAAUGUUAGUCUCAGUUUAACUGGACUAUAUAGUCAAGAAAUAUAAGAGGCGUUUUUAAGGUAAUGUUAAACAAUAUUUUAUAAUUAUUUUCUUUUUUACUAUAGUAGGAUGAUCUAAAAAUCUGAACAUUAAAAACUUGCGUUCAGAUUAAUCUCCUCGAAUGAAAUAAAGUACCACACGACAAAAUUCAUAUUACAAGAUUAGAUGUUCUAUAAAAAAGCAGUAUUCUUUCAUUCUUAUAGACAUGAACAUAAAUAGCAAGUAAUGAACUAUGAAAUAUUUUUUAUGCUAUAAUUAACGCUACAAGCUGAUAUUACUCUUGGCGUUAUUCAAUUUAUUCCGAUUGAUAAUAUCGAAUUCUUUCAUGCAAUCCAGUUAGACAUACAUUGUUGAUGCUACAAUAUGACGCUAUAUAGUCGCCUCGUGAUUAAAUGCGAAUUCGUUCGCUAAAUUGACAUAAUUUUGCAAAUACCAAAUAAGUAACCAAUAAUCUGACUGCUUUGCUUCAAGCUUACUUGAUUACUUGUACGAGUAUGUUGCGUAAAGUGUAUAAUAUUUAUUUUACCUGUUAAUUACAUUGUCAUGUUCUUAAUCCAAAUACUAAUAUUAAUUGUAUGAUUUGUACCUGAAUGUCGAAGUUUAUAAACGUAGGAAGGGGGUUUGAACUAAACAAAGUUAUAAUAAUUUGUAUUAAGCGACUAAGCUGGAGCCAUAUUGACAGUUAUAUAUGUAUACAUAUGAAGCAUUGAUUCUUUAAAAACAUGCUAGGGAAAUGUUUGGGACUGUGUUAUUAGAUGAUUAGUUAAAUUAGAGGUAUUCUACAUUAGAAAAAUUACAAUCCCUCUUUUCCCUUUUCAACAAGUUGUACGUGAUUAAAUUUUUUAUAUAAAAACCCUUUUAGCACAUAUGAUAACAAUCUUUAUUUUUGUAUUAAUUUGGAACUAUGUGACUGAAAUAUAAAAACUACACAACUUUGAAAUAUAUAUUGCCUUCAACAAAUUUAUAUUUUUGUUGUAUGCAACAGUUGAAAAGCGAACAGGGUAUCUCGACAUUAAGUUGUAAUAUAAGGAAUUGUAAAUAUUUUAUGUACCUAUAGAUUAUUUUGUUCAAAUAAUAAAUCUCACUGUAUGUGAAGAAAC